UGUCCACCGUCCAACCCUAACGCAGACGCCAUGUGGUUACUUGUUCUAAUCCUGGGCUUGACCACUGUCUUGUUUUCUCUGUUGGAUGUCUGGUACUUCCUGCGAGUCUUCCUGGCUGUCCUCCGAGCCCGUCUCCAGCCCGUGGUGAAGGACCUACUGAAGGUGCACACCUACUCAAGCCUGGUCCUGCCCCACGAUCUGGAUUUCCUCUUCCAUAUGAACAAUUCCCGCUACCUCAGGGAGGCCGACUUUGCGCGUUUGUCUUACUUCACCCGCAGCGGGCUCUUUGGAGCCAUACAGUCCCUGGGCGCAGGCAUGGUAAUGGCGGCGUGCACGGUCCGUUACCGACGCUCUCUACGCUUGCUCGAGAGGUUUGAGAUCCAGACUCGCCUGCUCUGCUGGGAUGACAGGGCUUUCUACGUGGAACAACGCUUCGUGUCUCCAAAAGACGGCUUCAUCUGUGCCGUGCUCCUGAGCCGGCAGCAUGUCAUCGGAAACUCCCCCGACAAGGUGGUCCAGUCCAUGUGCAAGAGGAAGGUGGAAUCUCCUGAGUUCCCGGAGGAGCUGGUGCACUGGAUCAGCUACAACGACGCCAGUAGCCAGAAACUACGAGCGGAAAGUGGGGUGGCCAACAGCGCCAAAGAUCAGUAACGGGGAACCUCGCCCCAGCAAGUCUGACAGCCCACGACCUCUUGUCUGCUCUUGCUGCUCGUUUUAGGAUUCUUAACCCUUUCUAGAAGUGUGCGUGUGACCUUUGCUCCAGAAAUGUAAGAUAAGAUUACGUAUCGUUCCUAUCGGCAGGGCUCCGGUAGAUUAUUUACCUGGCGUUGUAUCGCCCGGGAUGUCCUAUCGGCCUAAAGCUUGUGGCGCCGAAAUAUUUCUAAACGUCACAAAAUGUAGAAAUCUGUCGCUUGAAUAUUUUUUCCGUGUGUGCGCAGCUUCAUUAGGACGUACACUGAUAUAGCACAACACAUCAAUAAGCUUUAGUCCAUGUAGGUCCGUCUGUAACCUGUUUAUGAAGGAUAUAGAUUAUACAGUUUACGGGGGACAGGUCCAAGCGCCAU